AACUACUUUCUGACAGUCAAUAUGGAUUCAGGUCAAACAGCUCAACAUCUUUGGCAUUAAUAGAAUCAACUGAGGAAAUUACAAAUGCAACAGAUCACAAACAGUAUGCAGUAGCAGUAUUUAUCAAUCUCACAAAAGCUUUUGACACCAUAAACCAUGACAUAUUAAUAAGUUAGAACAGUCUGGGAUCAGGGGGGUGGUGUUGCACUGGAUGAAAAGUUACUUAAUGGACAGGAAGCAAUUUGUGAAGUUGGGGCAGUAUUCGUCAUCGUUUGAACAUUGCUUGUGGCAUCCCCCAGGGGUCAGUAUUGGGUCCAAAACGGUUUUUAAUAUAUAUAAACGACAUUUGCAAAAUAUUGAAGUAUUAAAAUUAGUUCUCUUUGCAGAUGACACACAUUUUUUUUUUGUUUGAGGGGUGAUUCACAGAAGCUACUGGGACUUGUGAAAUGUCCUAACUGAAAAAAUGGUUUAACAUAAAGAAAUUAUCACUGAACUUAAGUAAAACUAAAUUCCUGUUAUUUGGCUACGGUAAAAGGAUGCAUAUGCACAGAUAAAGGUAGAUGGUGUGGAAAGUAAGAGAGUUCAUGAAAGUAAAUUUCUUACAACAAACAGCUACAUCCAUCUUGCAGUCUAUGACUUUACAGAACAAAUUUGAACUUUGAUGUUCCUUUACAUGCCAUGAUGUUGUUGAAAUGACUUGAGAUGCCGCAGGGUGCCGUCCUGUGAAAGCAGCUUUACAGUCUUCUGUCUAUGUUGACGUCUUGACUGCGUGGACGGACAGCUGCUGGGGUUACUGCAGGUCACUGGAUUAGUGUCCAGGUGGUUGUCUCAAGAACCUGCAGCUUCAGUCUGGCUGCAGCUCCGACAGCACACAGUGGACAGAGCAGUAUGGAGGGUGUCCCUCUGAAGUCCACACAAGCUGCUGUCCAACAAGUCAAAGACGACAUCACAGUGACUGUCCCCGAUUACCUCACCAUCCUGCGGGAGACAGAGUAUGACUUCAGUCUGGAGAACUGGGUGAUAACUGGGUUGCAGAGUGGCUUCAUCAGCCAACACCGGCCUCAGCCCUCCUCUUCAUUAGGACUGCUGCCAUCUUGUCCACCAUACUGGAUGAUGUUCUACAGCCCACAGCAGAGUCGCAUGGCCAGCCGGCACUGCUCUGACUACUGGGAGCCCAACCCUCGACAGCGCUCCCACAGCCUCAAUCCCGCUGUCCUGCGCACCAAGUUGUCAAACUCUGACGAUAAAAGAGAGGGCACUUCACAGAAAACCAAGACAUGUGUGCAAGUGGGGGAGGAACACCCUGCUGUUCCACAUCAGCAUGGUCAGAGGAAAGCACAGCGAGCCUUUGUCCCUGACCUGCUGAACCCACCAGCCUGUCUGAGUAGCCUGCCACACCAACGCAGGAAAAACCUGCGUCAGCGUUCCCUCUCGGUGCUCAGCGUGUCCACGCAACGAGAUCCCAACACAGACAGCCAGUCCAAGAGUCCCUCAUUAAACGGAAGCCUUGACAGGAGAACUCCCAACAUCAGAGCCAAUACUGUCGACAGGCUCCCCACCAUCAAUAACCACAACACAGCAUGUAAGAAGUCGCUCAGACCAGACUCCAGAACAAACAUCCCUACUGUGGACUCAUCCGUAGAGCUCCUAUCAGCUCUGAGCCCAGAGGAGAGAGAGCUAUUGGGGGCCGUCACUGCUCGGGGCUACACCCUCCAUACUGCCAUCAUUGCCUUACAAAGGACAGGACAGCAGACCCCAGAUCAGAUGUUGAGCUACCUGGUGGCAUGUGACCACCUGUGUCAGCUAGGUUAUGACAUGGCUCAGGUCGAAGAGGCUCUGGAAAUGUUUCAAAAUUGUGAAACCAAGGCGGAGGAGUUCCUUCAGCUGCUCAAUCAGUUCAAUGAGAUGGGCUUCCAGCAGAACGCCAUUAAGGAGGUGCUGCUGGUCCACGAAAACCACAGAGAACGGGCCCUUGAGGAGCUCAUGAUGCGUAUGGGCUGACAGCACAUCAUCACAACACAAAAUACACACACAAACAAACACACUGUUUAUCACUGAAUUACUGCGGACAAUUAGACCGCAACCUAAAGUCUGUUUAUACUACAGAAACAUAUGAUGUUCAGGAUGAAACCACAUGAAAACACGCAUCAUUGUAGCUGGAGGCAGAGAGUGGCAGUGUUUUGCUCAUAUGAUGAUGAUAGCAAUGAUGUGCUCGUAUUGCACAUUUUUAUUUAUGUGUUCAAUAACAUUUUACUCAUUCCUGACCUGAAAGUGCUUAUUACAUUCAGAUUUCGUAACACUUGACCAAAUUCAUGUUAACUGUAUAGCUGAAGUAAUGUGAUUAGCUGUUGUAAAUGUGAACAGAUUCAUUAAAGUUGUGAUAUGAAUUUA